AUGGCUUCGACUUCUUCAACUAAUGUUACAGAAAUUCUUCCAGGUUUGGAAGAUUUUCUUCGAUCUAUGUUGUCCAGUACACAUUUGGACAAUGAUCAUCGACAAAUCGCUGCUAUGUAUCUGGAUAAAAUCGAUCAAUGUAGUCAGUCUACGAAUCAACAAUCAUGUUUCAUCGAUGAUCAAUCAUUAAUGAACACAGAUGUGAUUACCGAUGAAGAAAGUGAUGAUUUUACUGAUGAAGAUGAACAACAAACGCCUACUCUAACGAGACAAUCGUCAUUUCAUGAGAAGGAACUCUACGAAUCGGCUGAGAGACAAUCAACUCCAAGUAAUUCGGAAUGGUACACUGAUAUACCAAAAAAUGAUUAUUUAGAAGCAGAAAUAUCACAUGAAAAUACUUCAUCAAUCAUGCAAAGUCAAUUGUCCAUCCCGUCAUCAUCCAGUUCGAGUAUAAUUGCUGAUGGUCUCUUAUUAACCUACGAUAAAAAUCAUAAUUGGAUAUGGCGCUAUUAUGUACUCGAUGAUUAUGAUCUUAUCUGCUUCCCAGCUGAUAAAAAAUCUCGUUCAUCAAAUGAAGGACAAUCAGAUAACAAUUGUUCACCAUUAUGGGUGUCAGAUAUAACCAAUGCAAAAGUACAUGUCACAACCAUUGAUAAAGAAGAAUGUUUAUGUUUGUAUAUCGGUCUUGCUGAAGCGAUUUAUGUUCGACCGUCGGAUUCAAGUGAAAUGAAUGUGUGGCUUAAAGCAUUUCGUGAUGCAUCGUCAGCGUCAUCGAUACCAAAGUCUCGAGAAAAUUCGAAGAGUCGAAAUAAUGUCAAAACACUUUCACGCAAUGCACGUCGUAUGUUCGCUCAAUUUAAUCGAAAGAAAGGUCAAAUUGUCUCACAUUUACUCGAUCAAAUGGCUAAUGUUACUGGUGUUGAUGAUAAAGCUCGUAAACAUUACGAACUACGAGGUAAAAAUCUCAUUCAUAUUUCACUUUUACAUUCGAAUAUUGUAGGUUUUCUGGUUAUUUCUUUUGAUAAUCAUACAUUUGUAACAAAAUAUUGUACAAUUGUUGAUGGAAUCUUUCGUAUACAUAAAUCUCGCUUAAGUGAUCAAACGGAUCAAGAAUUUGAUUUAAAUCAUUGUAAAUUGUCAUUUCCCGAAGAACGCACGCGUGAUAUUCAAUUUGCUUUAAUUAACGAAGACUUAGGAAAAAUAUUCAUUCGUGGAAAUAAUAUUUACACCAUGGGACGGUUAUUAAAUACUCUGGCCAAAUAUGUCGAGAUUAUCGGAAGUUCACAAAAUGUUUUUCAAUCAAAUGAAAAAGUUUCAACGACCUUGGGAAAUAAAUCUCAUCCUUCUCGUGUGAAAUCAUUAUCCCACUUAAAUGAAGGUUGUUCAUCAUCGAAUAGCAAAUCUUUUCCAUUGAACAUAACGAAAAAUAUUUAUCGAAGUGCAUCGAAAUUACAUGAAACUCGAACGUACAGUUCACCUAGUCGCUCUUUAUUCAACCGUCAUGAAGAAUAUUCUCUACCCAAUGAAGAAAAGACUAUUAUUUCCAAUGAAACAUACGAUAGUCCAAAAGUUUAUAAUGAAAUACAAUCAAUUGAUCGAAAUAAUAAUCAUAUUCUCGAAUCACCGAUCCCAUGUCGAAGAACAAAAAAAGAUCAAAUUUGUAUGGAAUCUCGUUCAUCUCCAAAUCUGAAUCAAUCUCAUCGUCCGAGUUCACCAGAUACUUCAUCGAUAUCUUCAUCUCGUGCAGAUCCUGUUUUCUGCAUUCGUUCGAACAGCUCAUCUUCAUCUCAGCAUCGAAAUCGGCAACGUCGCCCUCAUCCAUUACCCCGACGAACAUCCAUCGAUUAUGUGAACAAAUUUACUAAUCUUUUCACACGAAAUUCAUCCGAACGUCAAACACAAACACGUAGUAACAAUAUUUCUGCAUCGCCAUCGACAUAUCAUAAUUCUAAUCGUAUUCAACCAUUGAUAAAAGAUGAAAAACCUACACCGACACAUGUCUAUGAUAUUCCAAUUACGAUCGAACGUUCAACAAAAUCGCCACCGAAACCAACUUGCACAACGGAUGAAUAUCAAGUCUAUGAUAAUGUCUCAAACUCGGAUGGUAUUGGCAAGUUUCGCUUUGUUAUCCCAUUUAAUCACAGUUCACGAUCGGCAUUUACGACAAUUCAACCAAUCAAUUCUCCAUCAAGUUCUCCAACAUCAACAGUCAGUUCUAAUUCAAUUCGACCUCAAACUUCAUCAUCAUCAUCACCAUCUCAAAAUUCCAAUACGAAUAAUAAUAAUAAUCGAACACGACUGAUGACUGCUGUUUAG